UUUGUGACCCAAAUCAUCUGACACACACAACCAUCCGCUUCAUUCUUACGCCAACUUUUUCUUCCAUUAAUUCGAAUCUCACUCCUCCCUCUAUUUCUCUCCCUCCCAUUCUCCUCAUUUCUCACCACUUGUCUCUCUCUUUCCUCCCGCCAUUAACCAAGAGUUCGAAGUUUUUUUUGAUCAAAGAAGAAGAAGAAAAUGUCGUGGCAAACAUACGUUGAUGAUCAUUUGAUGUGUGAGAUUGAGGGUACUACUAAUCAUCUCGCGGCUGCUGCAAUUCUGGGUACUGAUGGAAGUGUCUGGGCUCAGAGUGCUUCCUUCCCUCAGUUCAAGCCGGAUGAAAUUGCUGCUGUUGUGAAGGAUUUUGAUGAGCCCGGCACCCUUGCACCGACUGGCUUGCACCUUGGUGGCGUAAAAUACAUGGUUAUUCAAGGUGAACCUGGAGCUGUUAUUCGUGGAAAGAAGGGCUCUGGUGGCAUUUGUGUUAAGAAGACUGCUCAGGCUUUAGUCAUUGGUCUCUAUGACGAGCCUGUAACUCCUGGCCAGUGCAACAUGAUUGUUGAAAGGCUGGGUGAUUAUCUCAUUGAUCAGGGCCUCUAAAUACUUUGGUUAAUAUUUACAUAUUUGAUAUACACAAGGAGCUUGGUGUGGAUUUGCUGCUCGAGAUUGGCGUUUUACGUGAACUAUUCUUCUUUUGUGUUUUUUUUUUACAUUUAUGUUAGUUUCUUCUGGCAUAAGAUUUAAUGAUAGGAAAGGUUUGUGGUGUUCUUGUAUGAAUUUGUUUGCUGAGAUCAUGCUGUAUUGAUGCUUAUGAUUCUGAGCACAAUCGCGUACUAUAAGUUUGAAAGUACAUACUCUUGUGCAAAAUCAAUGUUAUGAACUGGCAACUUUUUUGUGUGAA